AUGCGCCACACACUUAUUAAAAUGACAAAACUUCACUGUCUAGCAGACAUUUGUCUUAUUCCCAUUGGCACUCCUACCUCUUCUGUAUCAGAAUAUGUCACCAAGGUAGUGGAGGUUUUUCGCGACAGCGGUCUUAAGUACACACUACAUUCAGCUGGAACUACGAUCGAAGGCCCCUGGGAUGAAGUUACUGCUGUAAUCGGUAAGGCUCAUGAAGAGGUUCAUGCUAUGGGAGUCGUUAGAAUUCAAAGUGACAUUAGAAUUGGUACCCGAACUGAUAAACACCAAACUCCUGAAGAUAAAGUAAAUUCAGUUAAAGCUAAGCUUGAACGCAAUUUAAAAAAGGAAUACAAAGAAAAUUAA